AUUGGAACAGUAUUGAAACUGUCCCACCAGUGUGAAAAAAAAACAAGUCAUCAGGACUGGAAAUUCUUUUGUCACCUGAUAAAGAGAGAAAACCUGCCUGCUGCUGCCCUUUAUGAUUGGACCUUCUGCACCUCCUCACAUGAAGCAGCAGGUUAGCAAGAAGAGCAGAGCAGACAGAUCUUGCUUCUGAACAGUGUACAAGAAUCUCUGCCUGCCAUACUCUUUUGCUUUUUGUCUUCUCUGUUUGACAAUUAUGGGCCUAAAUACUGUUCAUAAAUAAAUAAACAAAAAGAGAGAUCUGAUUUCGUGGGAAUGCGUGGAAGCAUUGCAGGAGGAGUGAAUGAAAAGGAAUUUCAAGGCUUGAUUUCUGCUAACCAUGUUUGAUUAAAAUGUGUUGAUUCUGAGAUUAAGAAAACCAUCUAAUUAUUUAAAAGGGGCAUGUAAUGGUACUUAACUAUUUUUGGGUUAAUUGCCAUUUUGAGGUAAAAGGAGAGGCUGAUUAAGCUUAUGUGAUUAGUGUUGAUGUUUGGGUGGUGGGGGCAAAAAUUGGAUCAUGAUUUGGCUCCUUUUAAUGAGAUCACCUUACUCUCUCUCUUUAUUCUUUUGACUCGAUUUUUAUGGGUUCCUUUUUCUUUUUCUUUUAGAUAACAAAUAUAAAGUAUCGAUAAAAUGUUUGUUUGUGACGACUACUUUGAUCUUUAUAAAAAUAUCUCUCGAUCCUAGCCUAAUUAAUACAAAUUUCGAAGUAGUAUCUUCAAUUAAGUUAAUAAGUAUGACAGUCUAAAGUAUAACUGCAAAUCCAUUAAAAAAACUACUUAUUACAAUUUAUAAGUCAAUUCUAUCGAUUGAUACGGUACAAAAGAAAAUUUUUACUAUACUUUAUACCAUUGGUAUUCUGAUAUAAAAAAAAUUACGGUACAGACUGAAUUCGUACUUGUAUUUGUAUUUUUUAUACAAUUUUUUUUAUUAUUAUAUAAACUGAAUUUGUACUUUAUAUAUGCUACAAACUGAACUUGUGUCAUCAGAUAAUAGCAAGAUUUUUUUUUAUAUUAUAAACUGAACUUGCAUAUCUAACACGUUACGAUAGCCAUUCAAUUUGUAUUUCGAAACACAAUUAUUUCGUUGCAGAUUAGAAGAGCUCAUGGUGCAAUAAAGAUUGCUGCCAACACAAGCAACGUAAAUGAUUCUUUCUCCCGUGUCAAUCAAAACCCACCCCCAAUCCUCCCCAUCCCUAUUCAAUGAACAGAAACAUACAAUUGGUAAACACAGAAUGGUGAAAAUUCAACGAACCGCUCGCCCCUCUGUUUGGUUCCUGAGAAACCGAUAAACAGAAGGGAGAACUCGAAGCCAUAUUGUAAAACCACAGUAGCAAGAAACCAAAAACAGGGGACAAAAAAAAAAACAGAGCAUAAUUUCCAUAUGUGAAUCGGAUUUGCAGAGAGAAGUUAAAUCACUUCACCUGGUGAAAUGGAAGAGUCAGCAGAUCUCCCGGCGGAGAAGAAAAUAACCCAGAAUGAGGCUAGAUUCCAGCAAUGGCGAGAAACCCACCAAGGGAAAUGAAAUAUCUCCUCUCUGCCCUUUUUUCCUUUCUUCUUUGUUCUUGCUCUGUUUCUCACGCAGAGAGCAUGCGAGAGAGAAAAAAAGGAAGGUAAGCUGCACGGCUCUCUUAUCGUCGUCGUCUUCUUAUUCUUCUCCUCCUCCAGCUAGCUCGCUGCAGUUGCGAGACCUCGCUCUCUGGUCCGCGGCUUUUAAACGUGUUAUCUGGAUUUGGAGUGGAAGGAAGAGAUGGAGAGACGGAUAGGAAAGGCGCCUCCGGUGGAGUUGCUUUUGCGCCUUUGGUUUCUUUUGCUUUCGCCAAAUGGGGAGUUCAAGAUAGAAGAAGCAAAGCAAACUGGGGAAUGAAUAGUACUGAUUGCUAACUAAUACGGAUUUGUAUGUAUAACCACUUUGGUUGGUAUAAGAAAGGAAUUGGGGAGGUACUAGAGAUCGGCAAUCAAAACCAUGACAAGCGAUAUUCGUUCUCCUCUCUCAUCCAGUAAAUAUGGAAAAUUCUCGAAUUAACUAGGUAUAGAAUGAGUAUGGGUAAAACUCGCAAAAAGGUCUGAUGGUUAUGGAGGCGGGUACCAUUUUAGCCUUCUUCGUUCCAUAUCUAUACCCGCCCACUAAGAGCAUUUACAAAAUAAAUUGAUGAAAUUAUAACAUGUCAUUGACUGUGAGAGUAACUCGAAAAUAAAUUAGUAAAAAUACAAUUGAGUGGUCCAACCAAAAUCUGAUUCCUUCCUCUCAAAAUCUCCCUGCAGUCUUGGUAACAAGAUUAUUUUAGGGCAAAAUUACACGUUUGGUCACCCAAAUUACAUAAAUCCUUCACGCUUGCCACCCGAAUCACUUUUCUUUCUUAUUUACCACUAACUUUACGAAUUUUUUCACCGUUAGUCACCGGCCGUUAGUCUCCGUUAACUCUGUCAGUUUAUUGAUGACGUGGCGAACGGAACUGCUGACUAGACGGUUAACUUAAUGACAUGUCAAUUUAAAAAAAUUAAAAGAUCAAAAUAAUAAUAAUAAUUAAUCAACACCCAUCCUCAUCCUCUUGCCCCGCACUUUGAGAGCUGCUUCCGCCGUGGGCUUCGACUCGUCGAUGAUCUCCCCAUCGGUUUCUGCUAUUGCCGCAGCGUCCUCGUCAGCGAGCUCUCUGUUCUAGCUGUUUCCUUAGAUCCAGUCUCCAAGUCUUCGGCUCAAUCACCACCUUUGUAAACAGUUUUCCAUGCAACUUACCGACCGAAAAAGAAAACACAGAAGAAUCUCUACACUAAUUAAGGCUUUAGUACUUAAACACCUCAUACCCUAAUGAGUGGUUAAAUUAAGGAAAUUACGAAAUGGUCUGCAAUCUUGCUUCUAGUUGGGGCAAGGGUGUUUUACUCACCAACUCAAUGCCAUGCGCAUAAUAAAUGGCAAUGAAACCCCCAGAACAGAAAGUGGAGGAGGAAACCAGUAGUUUCCAAACCUAUGGGGUCUGUUAGCAUGCUAACCCCUCUUAGGGUUGGAAAAAUGACACCCCCCUAGUAUAUUAAUACACACAUUAAAUACACAUUAGGAAUUAAAUGUACCAUAUUAAUUAGGAAUUCUCUCACUAUUAAAUACACAUUAGGAAUUAAAUACACACAUAAAAUACACAUUAGGAAUUCUCUCACUAUAUUUGAUUUUUCCUUUUUCAGCAGUCUCUGACCACCAGACUUCUCCGGUGAAAAUCCCAUCGGCAGACUCCCUCCGACCGCCACACUUCUCCGGUGAAAAUCCCAUCGGCAGACUCCCUCCGACCACCUCCAAAAAAUAUACCACUGCACUGAUACGGUGUACCACUGCACUGAUACGUUGUACCACUGUACUGGUACGUUGUACCACUGUAGUGGUACAAAUACCAUUAAAGUGGUAAUUAAUGUGGUGUAUUUAAUGCUUACUUUGUAUUUAAUAACAGAACAUUUAUUAUGUUUACUUUCAUUAAUACUUGUCAAUAAUUAAUGAAAAAUUGACCAAUUAAAAAGGGGUGUCAAAAAACCAACCCCUUAAGGGGUUAGCAUGCUAACCCGUCCCCAAACCUAUAGUUUUUUUUUAAGAGCUCAUAAUAGUUUCUGUUCUUUAAAAGGGCUCAUAAUAGUUAAUGAUGGUGGAAAGGCAAUCAAGAGCAAUGAUUAAUCAUGACUUCUGUAGCCAUGGAUUGUCGAGGCAAGCCAAAACAUGAACAUGAAGAACAACCACUUUACUUGCACUGCUGGAGCCAAAGCAAAUACACAGAAACAUUUUUC